AUCCAAUCUCUUCUCUCUACUACCAAUACCAGCCAAACAAAAAAUCGGCUCAGAUCUCAAAUUUUCAUCUCCUCCGAUUUCGAUCAUGGGCAGAAAAUUCUUCGUUGGAGGAAACUGGAAAUGCAAUGGGACAGCUGAAGAGGUUAAGAAAAUCGUGAAGACACUGAACGAUGCCAAAGUUCCAUCGCAGGAUGUUGUUGAGGUUGUUGUAAGCCCUCCAUUUGUCUUUCUUCCGUUGGUGAAGAGUUCCCUGCGCUCUGAUUUUUACGUUUCUGCACAAAAUUGCUGGGUGAAGAAGGGUGGUGCUUACACCGGCGAAGUUAGUGCUGAAAUGCUUGUCAAUUUGGAAGUUCCAUGGGUUAUUCUUGGCCAUUCUGAAAGACGAGCUCUGUUGGGUGAAUCAAAUGAGUUUGUUGGUGAUAAAGUUGCAUAUGCCCUAGCUCAAGGUUUGAAGGUAAUUGCAUGUGUUGGUGAGACUCUGGAACAGAGAGAAGCAGGUUCAACUAUGGAUGUCGUUGCUGCACAAACAAAAGCAAUUGCUGAUCGGAUAUCAGACUGGAAGAAUGUUGUUGUUGCUUAUGAGCCUGUUUGGGCUAUUGGAACUGGCAAGGUCGCAACCCCUGCUCAGGCCCAGGAAGUGCACGAUGGUCUGAGGAAGUGGCUUCAGAAAAAUGUGAGUGCUGAUGUUGCAGAAUCAACUAGGAUCAUCUAUGGAGGUUCUGUAAAUGGUGGGAACUGCAAGGAACUAGCAGGCCAGACCGAUGUUGACGGAUUUCUUGUCGGUGGAGCUUCUCUCAAGCCUGAGUUCGUGGACAUCAUCAGUGCUGCUACGGUCAAGUCUGCUUAGGUGGAAUCUAGAAGUUUUUGCAAAAACGAUCCCAACUCCUUUAAUUCUGCAGUUUUCUUUUUGUUGUUAAUUUAAACCUUGUAGUCUCCUGCCUGAAACUUUGAGGAAAGCAAAACCCAAACAGGCUGCUUACUCUAAUAACGUUAUUUUCCUGACCAUGGGAGGGGAGCGCCCAUGUUCUUCAGUUUAUUUAGCUGCGAGUACGGAUCAGGCUAUUUUACUUGGGCCAAGUUCUGUUGAGCUGAAGGCCACGCUUAUCGGUUAAUACAACCUGUUAUUUUUUUUGUUUUC